AUGUUCCUUCCGGUUAAUAUUUCACGAAAGACACGGUCUGGGAUCUGGGAUACUUGUGUUUGGACAGAGGAAAGGAUGAAUGGUAGGUGCAGGUGGGGGUGGGCAGCAAACUAUUUGAACAUUAAGAGCCUGCUAGAUCUGACCUGUCAGACAGUUGCUGAUAUGUUUAAGGGAAAGACUCCAGAGGAGAUCCGCAAGACCUUUAACAUCGAGAAUGACUUCACUCCAGAGGAAGAAGAGGAGGGAUUCGUCGCCGCUCUCCUCUCCGAACUCCGUCAAGAAACCAUGUCUUCUUCAAAGACUAUUGUGUUGAAGAGCUCCGACUCUGAGACCUUCGAGGUUGAGGAAAUCGUGGCCUUGGAGUCGCAGACCAUUAAGCACAUGAUUGAGGACGACUGUGCCGACACCGUCAUUCCUCUUCCCAACGUAACCAGCAAGAUCUUGGCCAAGGUCAUUGAGUACUGCAAGAAGCACGUCGAAACCCCCAAAUCCGAAGACAAAGCCGCCGAUGAUGACCUCAAGAACUUCGACGCUGAGUUCGUCAAAGUUGACCAGGGCACUCUUUUUGAUCUCAUCUUGGCAGCAAACUAUCUGAACAUUAAGAGCCUGCUAGAUCUGACCUGUCAGACAGUUGCUGAUAUGAUUAAGGGAAAGACUCCAGAGGAGAUCCGCAAGACCUUUAACAUCAAGAAUGACUUCACUCCAGAGGAAGAAGAGGAGGUUCGUCGGGAGAAUGCUUGGGCAUUUGAGUGA